CCCCCUUUAAAGGGUUAGCAAGCUCAGAGGUUCCCUGAGAUCUUCCAGGCACCGCAUCACCGAAGGAAUUUUAGGGGUGUCUCGGGUUGGUAGAAUGGGAAUAACCCGGUCCCAACAUGGGGGUGUUAGAGACACAGCGAGGCAGUCGCGGGGCCACGGAGCGGGGGCUUCGCGGGAAGGUGGGGACAGCUCCUGCGCGAACUCUGGAAGCCCGGCCCCAGAGACGCCGGGCGAGGGGGGGAUGACCUCACCGGCGCUGCCACUUUCCAGCCAAUCAGUCGCGCAUCUUGGCAUCCGAAUCCAGGACCCCCGAAGCCAGAGGCGACGCGAGCCAAUGAGGAGUGGGCCGGGAGAGAACGACAGGCGGCCAGCCUAUGGGGGCGGAGAGGCCCGGCUGCGCGUAUCCAAGGAGCGCCGGCUGGGGCUCGGGGGUGUGGCGCGGCGCCGGCGGGGGUGGGCGGGCGCGCCGGGCGGCAGGUGUCAGCGGCUUCGGCAUUCGGCGGCGAUGGAGCGGCCCCAGGGAGCUGCGGACGGUCUCUCGCGCUGGCUCCACGGCCUCGGCCUUCUCUUUCUCCUGCAGCUCCUGCCGUCAGCAACCCUCGGUCAGGACCGGCUGGACGCGCCGCCGCCGCCCGCUGCGCCGCUGCCGCGCUGGUCCGGCCCCAUCGGGGUGAGCUGGGGGCUGCGCGCGGCCGCGGCCGCGGCUGCGGCCGGGGGCCUGUUCCCCCGCGGCGGCCGUUGGCGUCGCAGCGCGCCCGGCGAGGACAAGGAGUGCGGCGGGGACCGGGACUUCGACGCCAAGCUGGCCAACAACACGCACCAGCAUGUGUUUGAUGAUCUCCGAGGCUCAGUAUCCUUAUCUUGGGUUGGAGAUAGCACUGGGGUCAUUCUAGUCUUGACUACCUUCCAUGUACCAUUGGUAAUUAUGACUUUUGGACAGUCCAAGCUAUAUCGAAGUGAGGAUUAUGGAAAGAACUUUAAGGAUAUUACAAAUCUCAUCAAUAACACCUUCAUUCGAACUGAAUUUGGCAUGGCUAUUGGUCCUGAGAACUCAGGAAAGGUGAUAUUAACUGCAGAGGUGUCUGGAGGAAGUAGUGGAGGAAGAAUCUUCAGAUCAUCAGAUUUUGCAAAGAACUUUGUUCAGACCGACCUCCCUUUUCAUCUUCUCACGCAGAUGAUGUAUAAUCCUCAGAAUUCUGAUUAUCUUUUAGCCCUCAGCACUGAAAAUGGCCUGUGGGUGUCCAAGAAUUUUGGGGGAAAAUGGGAAGAAAUCCACAAAGCAGUAUGUUUGGCCAAAUGGGGAUCAGAAAACACCAUCUUUUUUACCACCUAUGUGAAUGGCUCUUGCAAAGCUGACCUUGGGGCUCUGGAAUUACGGAGAACUUCAGACUUGGGAAAAAGCUUCAAAACUAUUGGCGUGAAAAUCUACUCAUUUGGUCUUGGGGGACGUUUCCUUUUUGCCUCUGUGAUGGCUGAUAAGGAUACAACAAGAAGGAUCCAUGUAUCAACAGAUCAAGGGGAUACCUGGAGCAUGGCCCAGCUCCCCUCUGUGGGGCAGGAACAGUUCUAUUCUAUUCUGGCAGCUAAUGAUGACAUGGUGUUCAUGCAUGUAGAUGAACCUGGAGAUACUGGAUUUGGCACAAUCUUUACCUCAGAUGAUCGAGGCAUUGUAUAUUCCAAGUCUUUGGACCGACAUCUCUACACCACCACAGGUGGAGAGACAGACUUUACCAAUGUGACCUCCCUCCGCGGAGUCUAUAUAACAAGUGUGCUCUCUGAAGACAAUUCUAUCCAGACCAUGAUCACUUUUGACCAAGGAGGAAGGUGGAAGCACCUGAGGAAACCUGAAGGCAGUGAGUGCGAUGCCACAGCCAAAAACAAAAACGAGUGCAGCCUUCAUAUUCAUGCUUCCUACAGUAUCUCCCAGAAAUUAAAUGUUCCAAUGGCCCCCCUGUCAGAGCCUAAUGCCGUAGGCAUAGUCAUCGCUCAUGGUAGCGUGGGGGAUGCCAUCUCAGUGAUGGUCCCAGAUGUGUACAUCUCAGAUGAUGGGGGUUACUCCUGGGCGAAGAUGCUGGACGGACCCCACUAUUACACCAUCCUGGAUUCCGGAGGCAUCAUUGUGGCCAUUGAGCACAGCAGCCUUCCUAUCAAUGUGAUUAAGUUCUCCACAGAUGAAGGUCAAUGCUGGCGGACCUACAAGUUCACCAGGGACCCCAUCUAUUUCACUGGCCUAGCUUCAGAACCUGGAGCUAGGUCCAUGAAUAUCAGCAUUUGGGGUUUCACAGACUCUCUCCUGACUAGCCAAUGGGUCUCCUACACCAUUGAUUUUAAAGAUAUCCUUGAAAGGAACUGUGAAGAGAAGGACUAUACCAUAUGGCUGGCACACUCCACAGACCCUGGGGAUUAUGAAGAUGGCUGCAUUUUGGGCUAUAAAGAACAGUUCCUACGACUACGCAAGUCAUCCGUCUGUCAGAACGGUCGAGACUAUGUUGUGACCAAGCAACCCUCCGUCUGUCUCUGCUCUCUGGAGGACUUCCUCUGUGACUUUGGCUACUACCGCCCAGAAAAUGAAUCCAAGUGUGUGGAACAGCCAGAGCUGAAGGGCCAUGACCUGGAGUUUUGUCUGUUUGGAAGAGAAGAGCACCUGACGACAAGCGGGUACCGGAAAAUUCCAGGAGACAGAUGCCAAGGUGGGGUGAAUCCAGUUCGAGAAGUAAAAGACUUGAAAAAGAAAUGCAAAAGCAACUUUUUGAGUUCAGAAAAGCAGGACUCCCGCCCACAGGGACACAGCUUGUCCCAGAAUCCAGCUCCGCCUCCUCUCGGACACAUUGAAAACACACACUCCCUAUCUCCCACCCAGAAGCAGAAUUCCAAGUCAAAUUCUGUUCCCAUUAUCCUGGCCGUCGUGGGAUUGAUGCUGGUCACAGUCGUAGCAGGAGUGCUCAUUGUGAAGAAAUAUGUCUGUGGGGGAAGGUUUCUGGUGCACCGGUACUCCGUGCUGCAGCAGCACGCAGAGGCCAAUGGCGUGGACGGCGUGGAUGUUUUGGACACGGCCUCUCACUCCAAUAAAAGUGGUUAUCAUGACGACUCAGAUGAGGACCUCCUUGAAUAACUCUUCCAAAGAGCUGGGACCCAGCGCCGAUGGUAGGACCACAGUACCUCUCACGCUCCCUGUGGCUUCAACUCCCUCUGAGGGACCCAGCUCUGUCCUGCUGCUUCCAUCAAAGCCAAAAGGACCUACACUAAAGAAGUGCAGGGGGUGGGGAGCCCUCAGCACUUUUAACAAUUGGCUCUGAAAAAAGGAGGAAAAAUUUAAAUUCUUUAACCUUUUACUUAAAGUUCUGUCUUUUUGCAAAGUGUGGGUUGGAUGGGGUUGUUUUUGUCUUUUAAGGGAAAUGAAAUGGAAUUAAAAGGGACCGGCUCACUAACCCACCCUUGUUGUGCAUGGCACCCGCCCCAGGGCAUCUGCCAUCAACUCUCACAAUGCACUGGGUGCUGUCCCCAGGCUCUGCUGGCCACAUGAAGCCACUGCAGAGAUAAAAACAGAGGCUGCAGUGGCUGGCACAGCUUGAACAGCUUUUCUCCAUCUGGGGACAGCCCUACUCCAAGAACAUUGCAUACCAGCUCCUCACAGAGAUCCUGCUUCCUUUUUUUGUUCCCCAGGGACCAGAGACCACAGCAAUUUUUCUUUUUCCCUGUUUAAUUAGGCAAUACACUUGUUAAUUGCCCUUUGGCAACUAACUUAACCAUGUGCUUCCAACACACUAAAUCAGGAAAACUUACAGGGCAAUAUUUUUAACUUGGGGCAGGAAGAAGGGAGAAGCAGAGAAUUGACUAGAUUUAGCACUUAUUAAAGAAGAAAUCCUUGCUGCUUCUGAGGUCGUUCAAGCUGUGCUUUGUGUGUGUGCCAGUGGACUUGCUCAAGGACAGGGUACAGAGUUGGCUGGAAGUCUGCCCAGGCUGAGCGAUCCCUUCUCCAAAGCUGACUGUUGAGUGCAAGGUGUGGCCUCAGGGCCCUGAGGUCUUCCAUCCCCCUGUCAACUUGUAUGUGGGCUGGCUGUGAACAGCUACAGUGGCUGCUCAUCUGCUUCCUCCAAGGUUGCUAUACAUGGAGCCAGGACUAGAAAUGGUUUCAGAUUUAUAGACUUUUUUUUUUUUAAAUCAGAAUUUUAUUACCAGGCUGGCCUUCCUACCCAUAUUUCCUACCUUUACUGUGUAAUUCGUUGGCAUGAAAAUUUUGGCUGAACCAAUUGAAAACACACUUGCAGUCUAGAUGAUGCUUUCUCUGAUACAUUAAGUUCAUGUUUUAAAUUAAGGAGGUUUCCCAUUUGAGAUUUUUCCAAAUUAAAAAAUUAUAGAAUGUAGUAGGAUGGAUUUUUUGGGUGGAUGUACAGUGAUGGAAAGCUGCAAAAAUGAGUUUUGUUUUUGUUUUGAGACAGGGUCUCACUCUGUUGCCAGGGCUACAGUGCAGUGGCAUCAUCAUAGCUCACUAAAACCCCAAACUCCUGAGCUCAAGUGAUCUUCCUGCCUUAGCCUCCCAAAUAGCUGAGACUACAGGCAUAUACCAUCACACCUGGCCAAGUUGUUGGAGUUUGGGGAAGGGGGGUUGUUUGUUUGUAGAGAUGGGGUCUCCCUAUUGCCCAAGCUGGUCUCAAACUCCUGAGAUCAAGCAGUCCUCCCACCUCAACCUCCUAAAAUGCUAGAAUUAUAGGUGUGAGCCAUUGUGCCUGGCCUGCAAUAAUUAGUUUUAAUAUAGCUUGGAAAUUUGCUACACAGGAAUAUAAUAUGGUAAAUUUUUGGUCUUUAUGUACUACUGUGCUGUCAUAGAAAUCCCAAUGAUUAUGACUGUGACUGUCUUCGGUAGAUGCCACUUGCUGUUCUGCUGCUAGUUCAUUUUGUGGCUAGAAAGCCAGUAAAAAGCAAAUGUGCCAAAUUAACUUUUGUCAGAAUGUGAGCAGAUGGCUAACUUCUUUCUUCCCCAGAAUGCAUUAACAGCAGCAUGGAAAGUGGAGGAGGCAGUGGGUGGAGAAUUUGAGAGAUACUGAAACUGCAGUAACAUUGAGUCAGGGAGCCUCAGUUAGAAAAUGAAGUUAGGGCAGCUUUUGUGAAGAGAAUGAAUAUUUGUUAGGGCCAGAGUGCGCUAGUCUUUCAGAAAGUGUCAGCCUUUCUCCUGCCCGCAGUGAAUUUGGUGCCCAGAAAAGACCUAUUUACACCAUACACCUUUUCUCCCAGCAUCUGUGGAUAGAUGGACUAAUACAUGGUAAUCCUCUUAGUUUCGAGGCAGAAAGUUAAUACUGUGCUCUAAACAUAUAAAAUUAGGGCGUUUUGCCUACAGUAAUAUCUGAGAUUUCUGUUGAACCUUCUCAGCACACUUUCACUAGCAUUAUCAUGUCGUUUAAACCUCACAGCUUUCUUGUGAUGGAACUGAGGAACCAAAAUUGUGUAAGCUGUCCAGGGUCUCUGGGUGUGGUAUGAGCAGUGUUGGUGAGUUGUCUUCAGGAUCUUGAAAAUCUUUCUACAUGCCAGCACUGACUACUUAGAGCAGGGCUGCUUGCUUGCAGAUGACUUGCUAUUCCUUUCUCUCAGAGCAAUAUUUAACAUCUUUUUGCCAUCUUGGUAAAACAGAAAAUUCUAUUCUCCUAUUUUUCAUGGCUGAAAAUACAAGUAAUGAUAAUUACUCCACGGUUGCCUUCAAGAGUGCAGAAGUGGGAUCUCCAUUGGCAGGUCUCCCUCUCCACCUCCUGGAUUUCACCCUUGGCUGACUAGUUCAGAUGGUCUAAGGACUGCCAGUGAGUCUGGCUCAUUCCCUUUGUUGGUUAGUAAGCUUCCUUUAUUACUGCUCACUCUCAAAUGUAGCCCUCAGCCAGAGAGGAGUCAGACAGUCCCAAUCCACUAGAGUUCCUUUAAAAAAAACAAAAACAAACAAACAAAAAAAUAUAUAUAUAUCUAUAUUUCUAAUUUAUCCUGCUCAUGUUAGGAGCAUUAACUUUGAAGGUAAAACAUAGUAUAUCAUUGCAUAACAGAAAACAUUAUUUCUGGAGGUUUCAGCGAUGGAAUUUAGCAUUAUAAGAUAGGUUGGACAUAUCAGACAGUCCAAAGCUCUUAAAUCCGAGUAGAGAAUUCACUCUUCCUGCCGUAGAUCCAAGGGGGCUUUGGGUUUUUAGUGAGACCAGAGACCAGUGAUGGAUACACCGAGGCUAUUAAUUGACUAGAAACACUAUUUAGAAGAAUAAAAGCCUUCGAAAAGUUGUGGUAGUCUGGGCUCAGGCAAUUUCAAAGAUUAACUGUAACUGAAACUUAGACCUCAGCCUCUGCCUCUGAGUUGGUUGUCUAGUAUACAGAGUAUCUCUCUCUAUUCUUAGGCUGGCCGCUGGGCCUCUGCAUGCCCAAACUGGCCUUUCUUCUCCAACAGAUUGUAAUAUGCUGGCCACCUGCAGCUCCAGCCAAACCAUAGCUGUAAACUGUAGUUCUCCCCGGCCUUUGUCAUGGUACCAGGUUACAGAGAAGAGCCAGGGACGUCCAUCCCUACCCCAGGGUGACCGAGCUGACCUAAGUUCAGUCAUUUAUUUAGUUUCCAGGCAAACCAUCCAAGUAUAGAGGGUCUCUUUCCUUUUAGGAAGCUCUGAAGAGCCCUGUCCCCGCACACAAUGCCCAGUGCUGCUCCUUGUCAGCAGAAACCCUUCUACCCCAUAUUAAGCCAAGAUACUUGGAACUGCUAAAAUAGGAAGGGAUUCAGCUUUUCAACUUAGCUGCCACCUUCCCUCAAGCAGGAAAAAUGAACAUGCACUUAAAUAUCCUGUGAACAAAACCAAAGUUUAAGACUUGUCAUGUGAUAGGGUGACAGGGAGGGCCAGAGUCAGCAGAUGCCAGACCUUCUGUUUCAUCUGCCACCAAUUUGCCCAGCUCAGGCAGCUCUGGCAUCACCACCCUGACCUAACAGAGCCCAGGCUUUGUCCUCAUGGAGGAUAAUUGAAAGAACAGGAGCAUUUUGAUUUCUUGGUUAUGUUGCAUUAUAAUAGUAAGAGUCACAACAUUAAUUUGAAAUGUCUCCAACAACUGCUGUAUGUGUUUUUUCACACCAGUACAUUAAAUGUACUUGUUUAUAAGGAAUAACAUAAACUAACCUGUACCUUUAUAUAUAUGUGUGUGUGUACAUAUAUACAUGUAUAAACUGUAUAGUGUACAUUUUAAUGACUUACUGAGAUUCCCUAAAUCUUUUAACAUCUCAUCCUCCGCAUGCCCUCAGUUGUGGUGAGGUGACUUCAUGUUCCCUGAUGACUCUGCCCUCCUGUGUUUGGGACUCCAGGGAGGAGGGUUUUGGUCAUCCCCUCUUUAUCCUCGUGCACAGAAAUGCUCAGGGUCCCCACGUGCCUGUUGUUCAACCCUCUCUUGUCUCUUGUUCCCUUUCUGAGCAUGUGGUCCCUCCCCAAGCUGUGGGACAGCUGCCUUCCUAUAAGAGUGUAAAGCAGUAUUAAAAUCUUUACUGCAUGUGCUCUAAACACCCAAGUUUUCUGUUCCCAUGGGACAGAAAAUUGCAUGUGAGAUGGGAUAAUCAAGUUUCAAUGAUCCAUGUCAGUUAACACAACAAAGCCAGACUCCAUAAUAAAAUUCCACACAAUGAAAAUAGAAUUCAAAUUUGUUUAGCAUUGUGUAAAUAAAUCUGGAUGUGUUUAACUUUGUAUUGGUAAUUUUCUGUAUAUUUGCAAUAUUUGGGUUAGAAAUAAAACAGAUUGGACUUUGUUACCUGA